CUUGAUAUCUCAUUUGGCGCUCCUAGCAACGGAGUUCGAGGAGCAGAUCGUGAAGAUGACAGCGGCCAGAUCGAGAAGCCGCCAGCAUCAUUCGGAUCGACAAUGCUGACCUACAGCCACGCGCUGAUGGCCUACUUUUACCAACUCCUCAAAGGCGCUUUCAGGCUCUACACUGCACGACUGGCUCAAUCAAAGGAACCGGCACUGAUCAGGCAUUGGCAACUAGAGUUUGGGCUGGCCGAGGUUUUGGACAGAGUUCACUUGAAAUUUAGGAAACGGCAGAAUUGGAUCCCGUCUUGUGGGAACGUCGAUUCAUUUCCUACCUUACUCCUCCACUCCACCACUCCGCUCAUUUUCGCCUCGCCUCCAAACGCCGUCUCCAGUGACUUCGCCCUUCCCGACCAUAUUCUUCCUAGAUUGCCCAAUCCCUUCGGCAUCUCUUUUGUUUCCGGAAGUGGCUACAAUAUGAGCAGCGAUAUAAGUAGUAUAUUUCAGAUGCUUUCCGCAUAUCCCGGCCCUGUUCGCCCCAACGACUUCCUUAUCUCCACUGCUGCAUCAACCUAUCACAUGGACACUGUCGGCUGUGUGGUUCUGGCUCGAUGUGGCUGUUCAAACUUCAACAAAUGA